ACAAGAGUUCCAAAGUAAAGCAUCUCAACUGCGCCAUGCAUGCAAACAAGACAUCUCCAGCGAAUGAGAAGGACGGACAUGACAUCUCCGUGGACAUGUACCCCUUCAUACGCAAGUACAAGGACGGCAGCAUCGAGCGUUUCCUGCGCAGCCCAUUCGUGCUGGCGUCGCCGGAUCAGGGCGGCAACCGUGGGGUGGCGACGAGGGACGUCGUCGUCGACAUGGCCACCGGCGUGUCUGUGCGCCUGUUCCUCCCGUCCCGUGCCGCCGGGACCGCACGCAGGAAUGGGCUUCCUCUCGUCCUCUACGUCCAUGGCGGCUCGUUCUGCACGGAGAGCGCUCUCGGCCGGACGUACCACCGCUACGCGACCUCCCUCGCCGCCAGCGCCCGGGCCCUCGUCGUGUCGGUGGAGUACCGUCUAGCGCCGGAGUUCCCCAUACCCGCAGCCUACGACGACGCGUGGGCCGCGCUCCAGUGGGCGGCUUCCAUGUCCGACCCUUGGCUGGCCAGCUACGCCGACCCUGCGCGAACAUUCCUGGCCGGCGACAGCGCGGGCGGCAACGUCGUCUACCACACGGCAGUCCGCGCCAGCCACGAAGUCAACGACGACAUGAUGGACAUUGCGGGGCUGAUCAUGGUGCAGCCUUACUUCUGGGGAGCCAAGCGGCUGCCUUCGGAGCUCGCGUGGGACGACAGCGAGGGCGUUGCGGGCCUUGCGGCGGUGUUCCCGCCGUACGGGGUGGACCGUCUGUGGCCGUUCGUGACGGCCGGCCAGUCCGGCAACGACGACCCCCGGAUCGACCCUCCGGCCUCGGAGGUCUCAUCGCUGGCUUGCCGCCGCGUGCUCAUCGCCGUGGCCGGGAAGGACUCUCUGCGGGACCGCGGCCUCGGCCUGGCGGCCCGCAUGCGUGAUCACGACGCGCCGUGGCCUUGGAUGACGCCGGGGCGCCGCGAGGUGACAGUGGUGGAGUCCGAAGGCGAGGACCACGGCUUCCACCUCUACAGUCCGCUGAGGGCCACCAGCAAGAGGCUCAUGGGGAGCAUCGUGGAGUUCAUAAACCAGCAGCCCAGCUCGUCGCCUGCUAAUCCUGUGGUGUUCGGCGUGCCCACGACGCCGUUCAAGGACGUGUUUGGGUAUGGCAUGGCCAUGAAGUCCUGGGGCACACGGUCCCGUAUGGCUACUUCCUUUAAAAUUGGAAGGGUUGGGCCAUCCAACAAAAUCUCAGUUCGACUGCCGAUGCCUGCUGGUAACGCUCAUCACAAACAUCCAUUAUCUGCUGCGGUUCCGUGGGGUUGUGUGAUCAACAACUUUUUCUAGAUGACGGCCGUCCUGAUAACGCGCACAUAAAUUAAUGUCUCAUUCAGACUCUCUUCAGAGGGUCUAUGACAAGGGUAUGCCCUUCUCCACUGCAUACUAGUACACUAAAUAAAACACAAAGAGUCCACUACCUAGUAUUAAUUACUCUAUUAGUCAUGUGAGUCCUUCAGGCCAAGAGCUGGAUUAUUAGUUAAAACGGUCCUAUUGGUACUAUCCAUUAGGAUUUUUGGGAGAUCAAAUUCACAAAUGUAUGCCAAUUACAGGCCAGGGAAUUAUAUAUAAACUUGUCUGCUUUAUCUUA